CUCAUAAAAAUGUAAGAGCAAUCUGGACGCACGGUGGUCUUCUGAGUACGCAGGAAGCCAUUUGGAAAGGUGUACCAAUGAUCGUAAUGCCUUUCUUCAUGGAUCAAAAAUCUAAUGCAAGAAUAUUAGUAACUAAAGGCGUUGGAAUAUACUUGGAAAUUAAAACUUUGUCCACGCAGUCCAUAUUAGACGCAGUUGAAGAAGUACUUUACAAUGAAAGUUAUACGAAAAACAUGAAACGAUUAUCCAGCGAAUUCCGAGAUCGGCCAAUACCGCCAUUAGAUUUAGCUGUUUGGAGUAUUGAAUACACAGCCCGCCAUCCAAAUGGAACUUUAGCAACGCCGCUGAGGUCUCAGAGCUGGGUAGAACAAAAUCUGAUUGAUGUCUUCGCAUUUUUGUUCCUUAAUUUUUUUAUAAUAUUGUUAAGUAUAUUCUUUGUAAUGAAGCUAUUGAUUAGUUUUUAUUGUAAUUAUAUAUACACCGCAUCUAACUUACGCAAGAGUAAACAAGCGUAAGUCGUAUUAAAAAGUAUUAACUUUAAGUGCUGUAUAUGAUGUUAACGUAAAGAAGUGAAUAUAACGUAAAUAUCGAAAAUGAUGUAUCUAUUAAUUGCAUUGAUAUUGUAAUUAAUAAUAAAUUUUGUUAUACUAAAUUGUAAAAUAAAUGAAGCUUAUGGUAAAUAUUAAAAACAUUUAAUAAAAUAUUUUUGAUGUAUAAAAGCUCUUUUCUGACAGUAAAUAAUAAACAAGCGUAAGUCGUAGAAGUAUUAACAGACUUUGCGUGCAACUGUUGUGUCACAUGUAAUGACAUGUAAUGUUAAUGUAAAGAAGUAAAAUUAAUAUAAAUAUAAGAAAUGUAUUAAUUACAUAAAUAUUGCAAUUAACAAUUAAGCGACGCGGUAGCGUCGCGACACCAAGUAUUAUACAUAAAAAAAGAUCUAGCAGACGACUAACAGAAUGCAGCCAAGCUUAUUCGGAUUUUUUUGGGCCAAUCAAUUUUUCGAAUCAAAUAUCUCAAGAAAGAAAACUGCAAUCGAAAAUCUGACGACACAGUUUUCUAUUAUAUAACGUUGAUACGAGCUUUCGAUUUCGACCAGUCUGAUUAAGAUUGGUGCAGUCAAUACUGAGAUUUCGAAAUUUUACAUGUUAAAAAUGUGAAUUUUUCUCGAGAUCUCAGUAUUCUUAGCAAAAAGUUCAGAUUACAGUCACACGGACACGCGUUUAUACACUCACACAAAGCCAGUUUGUCCCUCAAAUUCAGUGCACUCAUUGUCAGUGCAACCACAUUUAUACGCUUACAUUCUUUGACGCUGAUUAGUUAUCUCGCUUGUGCGUUAUAUACAUAAUUUAAUUGUGUCGCGUACGCAUAUACCGUGCGCACCAAAAGUUCUGGAACGGCCAAUUAUAUCUUAGAAAGUGUUGAUUUAUUGGAAAAAUGUUUGAGAUGAAAGUUGGAGGGUUUAAAGGGGGCCAAUAGAUGAUCUUAUUAUUAUUAGAUUUUGGGUCCAGAGCCUGUGUUGGGCCCAAGUUAAAUUUUUUAAAUAAAUACUCCCAUUUUUUAUUGUAUUACCUUUUUCUAAUUAAUUUAAACAAAUACACGAAUAUAGAAAACGGGCUAAUUAAGAACCAAGCGCGAUAAAUGAUGCGCGAAAGUUUUUUUUAUUUUACAUAUUUUCUAACCUUGACUGCGCGCCGACUAAAUUUGUCAGACUUGAAACACAGCUCCGGUUGGAGUAGU